GGCAUCUCACCUAGUAUAAAAGACCGAAGAGAGAAGAGAAGUGAAGUGAAGCCCUUUUCCUUUCCCAUUCUCCAAGCGCCCAACUCCCCAAUGACAUGGUUCCAAAAAGACUAACUGAACCACAUCCUCACUUCUAUCAACCUUUGAACAAUAAAUAAAUAUUUUCAUAUUUCAUAUUCUUUUCGUCUUCCGCUAUAAAGACUAUCAAAAAAAAAAAAAAAAAAAAACCACGAAGUUGAGAUUUCAUAUCAAAGUAUAGAAUAGUAUAGUGUUGAUCAUUUUUUUUUUAUUCGAAAAACCCUAAGGAGAAGAAAAUGGAGAGGGUGGAUGAAUCGGCGAAUGAAGUGGAAGAACAAGUAGGGAGAGUGGUGGAGCAAGCCAGAGAGUUGCAAGAAUUAGGCGCUUCGCUUAUUUCCAGGAUAUCCAACGAGGAACAAUCUCUUCGCCAGAAAGCUAAUUCCCUCGAGUCCUCUAUUCGCCGCCUUCGUUCCUUGAUCAAUUCCCUUCUCUCUCAAAAGCUUUUGGAUCCCAAGCUCGCCGACAAGCUCGAUGAGGAUUUACUGAGAGCCAGAUGUAUUAUAACCGAUGGGGACGCCGCUGCUUUUCUUCCUGCUCAAGCUCAGGGAAGAUUUCUGAGGAUGUUUCUGGGACCAAUCAAUGUGCGUGCAUCCCGCAAAGAUGUCCAAUUGAAAGUUAAGGAGGAAUAUAACAGCUAUAGAGAUAGGACUGCCUUGAUGUUUCUUCUUUUUCCAUUAACUUUGCUUAUUUUAAGAUCUUGGUUCUGGGAAGGAUGCUUGCCUGCAUUUCCAGUUCAGUUGUACGAGGCAUGGUUGUUGUUCCUUUAUACUGGUUUGGCUUUGCGAGAGAACAUAUUGCGAGCAAAUGGAAGUGAUAUUCGACCUUGGUGGAUAUACCAUCACUAUUGUGCUAUGAUCAUGGCCCUAGUUAGUCUCACUUGGGAGAUUAAAGGACAGCCUAAUUGUGCCCAAAAGCAGAGAGGUGUAGAACUUUUUCUUCAAUGGGCUAUGAUGCAAGGAGUUGCCAUGCUUCUACAAAAUAGAUAUCAGCGCCAAAGACUUUAUACUCGUAUUGCCCUGGGAAAGGCUAAUAGAAUGGAUGUUGUCUGGGGAGAAACAGCUGGUGUAGAAGGGCAAUUGUGGGUUUUAUAUCCAAUACUUUUCCUUAUGCAGGGUUUUGAGGCAUACGUAGGAAUACAAUUGCUCAAGACAGCAUUUGUCCGGGUUGUUUCAGAAUGGCAGAUAAUAUUUUGUGGGGUCGUAUUGGUUUUGAUGGCCGUUGGGAACUUUAUAAACACAGUACAGACGCUCAUGGCAAAGUCAAGGUUUAAGGCAAAGAUGAAAAGAAGUAAGGGCAAGCAGGAGUUGGAAUAGGGUGUUCCUAAUUGUUAGGUCAAUCUUACAUAGCUUUUAUUUAGUCUGAUUUUUUUAUGAUUCCGGUGGCUCAAACAUGUUUGCUUUUUAGACGAGGCAAUGAAAAUUUCUAAGUUUUUUCAUUUUCAGGGGCAGUUCACCUUCAUAUAUGAAACUGCUGCUGUUGUUUUAUUUUUUCUUUUCUUUUCUUUUUUCCUUUAUCCAAACAGAAGAGAACUGUAAAGUUGGAUGGAAACCUAAAAUCCUCGGCCGUUCUUCUCACCUUACCCAAAGCCAUAGGGGAUUAUCAAAUUAGGUAGUUUUGAUGGGCCCAAAGAUCACAUCAUCGUGGGCGGCCUAAAAGGUAGUCAGUCCAUAAUAUUGGGUUUUUUUACCUUAUUGGUCCUCAUUUCUCUACUCUCUUGCAACUCUAAGAAAAUUGCCAAGCCCAAGGGUCGGCUUCUGGCUUUAGCACAAAUCAUUGGCAUGAACACUAGUUUCAUUUCUCCAAUGAAAAAUUGAAG